UCUAAAGAAUAGAGAGAAACAGAAUCCAACUUCUUCUGAGCAAAAAAAAAAAAAAAACCCAAGUUCCUGAUAGUAAUCGACAGUCAAACCAAGAAGGACGAUGGAGAGAUGCAGCGUAGCAGCUAAUCGUUUGCUCAGAAACCACCGAAAAAGAAGCGUCUUACGUUGUCUAUUAAAUCCUAGCUGUACCAAUGAAUUCCAGUUCUUCGCCUCAGGCUUCAGUUCCUCGUAUCUUCUCGAGAGAGGUCACCCAACACCAUCUCAUCCACCAAGGGACUAUAAAAGUUGGGAUUUCGCUCGGAUGGGAAGAUAUGCUGGGAGUACUGGCCAAAACAAGUAUAGGUUCUACAGUUCAAUACCUGCUGACUUAAAGAGGAGUCUGAGAUUCUCAUCCAUAACUUCAGAUGACAUUGCCUACUUCAAAGAGAUAUUGGGGGAGAAAAGUGUAAUCCAGGAUGAGGACAGGCUUUUGGCUGCAAAUGCAGAUUGGAUGAACAAAUACAAAGGCUCAAGUAAUCUUCUGCUUCAACCUAGGAGCACUGACGAGGUAUCUAAAAUUCUAAAGUACUGCAAUUCCAGAUGUUUAGCUGUUGUCCCUCAAGGUGGAAAUACAGGUCUUGUUGGGGGCAGUGUUCCUGUUUUCGAUGAGAUUAUUGUUAGCAUGGCUUCCAUGGAUAAAGUAAUAUCAUUUGAUGAGGUCAGUGGAAUCCUUGUGUGUGAAGCAGGGUGCAUCUUGGAAAACCUGGGGUCUUUCCUGGACACAAAGGGAUUUACCAUGCCGUUAGAUCUGGGUGCCAAGGGCACAUGCCAAAUUGGUGGAAACGUCUCAACUAAUGCUGGUGGUUUGCGUUUGAUUCGUUAUGGAUCUCUUCAUGGAACAGUUCUUGGAUUGGAAGCUGUUUUAGCAAAUGGUACGGUGCUGGACAUGCUAGGGACAUUACGCAAAGAUAACACUGGAUAUGACUUAAAGCAUUUAUUCAUAGGAAGUGAAGGAUCCUUAGGGAUUGUCACUAAGGUUUCUUUGCUUACUCCACCGAAGUUGGCUUCUGUUAAUCUAGCUUUUCUUGCUUGUGAGGAUUAUUUGAGUUGUCAGAAAUUGCUAAUGGAAGCCAAAAGGAAGCUUGGAGAUAUUUUAUCUGCUUUUGAGUUUUUGGAUAGUAACUCACUGGAUCUGGUCUUGAAUCAUUUAGAAGGUGUACGGAAUCCUCUACCUCCCUCAUUGCACAACUUCUAUGUUCUGAUUGAGACAACUGGCAGUGAUGAAUCCUAUGACAAAGAGAAGCUUGAGGCAUUCCUACUUGGAUCUAUGCAAGAUGGUUUGAUAUCUGAUGGAGCUCUUGCUCAGGACAUAAACCAGGCAUCAGCAUUUUGGCAUAUUCGAGAGGGUAUUCCAGAAGCACUGAUGAAAGCAGGGGCUGUAUACAAAUAUGAUUUGUCACUUCCAGUUGAGAAGAUGUAUGAUCUUGUCAAAGAGAUGCGUAUUCGACUAGGUUCUUCUGCCAAUGUAGUAGGAUAUGGACAUCUUGGGGAUGGAAAUUUGCAUCUAAACAUAUCACUACCAAAAUAUGACGACGCCGUAUUUGCACAAAUCGAACCUUAUGUCUAUGAAUGGACAUCCAAGCAUCGUGGUAGUAUCAGCGCUGAACAUGGCAUGGGACUCAUGAAAGCCAGCAAGAUUUACUACAGCAAAGCACCAGAAACUGUGCAUCUAAUGGCUUCCAUAAAGAAGUUGGUGGAUCCCAAUGCGAUACUGAACCCAUACAAAGUUCUCCCACCAUCUCUCAUAAUCUGAAACCGAGAUGUGCAUUUCUAUAGAAAGGUGGGAAACAAGAACAAGUGUGAAGAAAUUAUAAUUAUGAGCAAAGGUAAGACACACACACACAUGACACAACUCUUAACCAAAUAAUGAACUGCAAUUACCUAAUGCAGUAUUGUGGCUCUGGCAUAAUAAUAAGAAGGCUGUAAAAUAAACAAGAAUAUUAUGUUCAAUAUCAUCACAAUUUAUUUAUUUAUUUGUCUUUUAUUGUUUAA